AUGUCGAAUAUUAAUGAUUGGAUCAUGCAAGAAAAAAAUUUUGAUCAUAAUUACGAAAUUGAAGAAGAUUCCGAUAAUAUCAGCACUAUUGCUUCUACAUCUCAAGUAUCUAAAGAAAGUAUAGACGAUAACAAAAAAUCUCUUAUAUGGGAUUUUAUGCAUGAAGAAAUAGAUACAAAUGGAAAUACUAUCGUA